CAGUGCUACAAACCUACAAUAGAACGAGGCUUGGAGAAUGCUGCUCCCGAACGUAAUGAUAAGUCUAUUACUCAUUCUGUGCUGUACUUCAUACUACAAUGCUGAACAAACCUGCCCUGAGGUGAAGCUGGUGGGUCUGAAUGACAAUGAGAGGCUGACUUUCCUCCAGGGGUGUCCAGGGCUUCCUGGGGUGCCGGGGACCAAUGGCAUUCCGGGGACCCCAGGCAGUAAAGGGGAUCAGGGUCCUGCAGGGGGUAAAGGAGCGAAAGGAGACCAAGGAGUAGCUGGGAAGAUGGGUCCAGUUGGUGACAAAGGGGAAAAGGGAGAUUGCCCAUGCCCAAUACAAACAGGUGCUAUGAGCUGUAAGGAGCUGCUGGAGCAAAGAAACACAUUGAGUGGGUGGUACACGGUGUACACAGCCAGCAAGAAACCCAUCAAUGUGUUCUGUGACAUGCACUCAGACGGGGGAGGCUGGCUGGUAUUUCAGAGACGUAUGGAUGGAUCAGUUGAUUUCUUUCGGGACUGGAAUUCAUACAAGAGAGGGUUUGGCAACAAGCAGACAGAGUUUUGGCUGGGAAAUGAGAACAUUCAUUUAUUAACGGCAACAGGUUCUCAUGAAUUACGUAUCGAUCUUGAAGACUUUGACCGUGAAAAAACCUUUGCAAAUUACGAGUCAUUUCAAAUCUUGGGGGAAUCUGAGAACUAUAAACUCGUCCUGGGUGGAUUUACAGGUGGUACUGCUGGUGACUCUCUAACAUAUCAGAACAACAUGCCCUUUUCUACUGAGGAUCGUGACCCAAGUGCAAAGCGGUGUCCUGAUCGUUUUAAAGGAGCCUGGUGGUAUAAUGAUUGCCAUCUUUCCAAUCUAAACGGCAUCUAUAAAAACGGAUCUCAUGAAUCCUUUGCAGAUGGAAUCAACUGGAAGACAGGGAAAGGAUACAAUUAUUCUUACAAGUAUGCCAAUAUGAAAAUUAGGCUCAAAUAGAUGCAAUUCUUUAUUUCA